UGUGUGUGUGUGUGUGUGUGUGUGUGUGUGUGUGUGUGUGUGUGUGUGUGAAUGCACUUCUUAAGAUCUUUCUCCAUCAGGUCUUUGCUAAGUGACCACGUUUGAAGGUGACCACGUGACUUCGCCCUCACUAUAUUUAUUCUCUCGGGGCGCGCGCCCGGUCUGGAUUCGGCUCGAGCGCGGGACGGAACAUCCACGUGACAACGCGAGGUGAGCGCGCGCUGCUUCCGGUCGCUGGAGCAUGAAGAUAUGUUAACACCGUCCUUGAUGUGCGCGCGCUCCCGUACAUUAAUACUGAUAAUACUGCAUUUGUUGGGGGCCGCACAGGAGCGCGCAGCAUCACAUACAAGAAUCUGUUUACUCUAUUAAUAGCAAGUGGCAAGGAAAAUGGGUGGGGCUAAUUUCAGGGCCAGAAAACUGUUAAAGAAACAAGUGAAAUCCACAGCAUGGCAACCCAGUGAAUUAUGGUUGAUUUUUCCAAGAAAGUUCUGGAACAUCGAGGAGGGAGGUGGUAUCGCCAUGGAAACCACUAUCAGGCCCCCGGCUGCCGUACAGGACGUGUUGCGAGAGCGGCGCUUAGCCUGGAGAGACCUCGAUCAUAAAGAACACCUGCUGAGUAAUUCGCACACAUGUCUCAGUCAAACCCUCGUCCCUGAGACACAGAAAAGGAGGCGUCGCCAUGUGCUCCUUGGUUCGCGGGGUCACGUGCACGGUCAGCUGAUGCGAGUGGGCUGCGUUUUAGGAACCUGCCAGGUCCAGAACCUGAGUCAUCGUCUCUAUCAGCUGAUUGGGCAGAGAAGAAGAGAACAUUCCUCUCCAGUUAACCCCAGGAGUCCUCACAGUUACGGAUGAAACUCACAGGACCCUUUACUUGACUCCGCCCACCAGCAAAUAGCACCUUUCUAUUGGACAGUAUCGUUAAGUCCUUAUCUUGAUGACCUAGCUGUCAUUCUGCUAUUACAGGACAGUAGGAAGAGUUCACUGCAGGUGAAACAGAUGACUUGUGAUCGAGGUCUCUGGUCAAAUGCUGCUUUUCUUUCCAUAUUGCUAUAUUUUUAUUUGUCUCACUUUUAUAAUAAGAACUAAUAAACAUGCCACAUGGUGA